AGAGAGAGAGAGAGACUGAGGCGAAACAGAGAGACGGUCACAGAGACCAGAGUGGACCAAGGAGAAGGUCAUCGGGAGCAAGGAAUCAAAAGAACAAAUAUCCAUAAACUUCCACAUGCUCAUCUUUUUCUAUCUGGAGAAAAGCAGGUUCAACAUGGAGUCAUUCUUCACUGCUUUUGCAAUCCUGCUACUAGCUGUCUCGGUGGACUCUCAGGAAAUGUCAUAUGAACAGUUGCUUUCCCAACUGCAUGCAUGCCCCAAAGAGUGCUACUGUCCUCCCAGCUUUCCCAAUGCAGUCUACUGCUCCAACAAGGGGCUGAAGAAAAUCCCCAACAUCCCCCCCUUCACCUGGUAUCUCUACCUACAGAACAACCUCAUUGAUGUACUUUCAGCAGAUGCCUUCCAUAAUGCCACACAGCUGAAGUGGGUCAACCUAAAUCAGAACAAGAUCUCAGACAAGGGCAUGGAGAAGAAUGCCCUUCAAGCCUUGUCCAAUCUGCUGUAUCUCCACAUGGACGAAAACCUGCUGACCUCCAUUCCUUCUCCACUUCCUCCAAAUCUGGAGCAGCUACAUCUCUCCAAAAACCAGAUCUCAAAAAUCCCAGCAAGUGUCUUUUCUGAGAAUAAAAACCUCAUGCUACUGAACCUGCAUAGUAACAAGUUACAAGAUGAUACAGUUACUGAGGUCAACCUUAAAGGCCUGAGUGGUUUGAUUCAGAUUAACUUGGCCAAGAACCAGCUAAACAGCAUGCCUAAAGGUCUUCCCCCCUCCGUUAUGCAACUCUACUUGGAUGGCAACAAUAUUCAGAAGAUCCCGGCUGGAUAUUUCAAUGGACUCCAGAAGAUAACCUUUCUUAGGCUUAAUCACAACAAAAUAACCAAUGGAGGGAUCCCAAAGAAUGUCUUUAACAUUUCCAGCAUCCUGGACCUCCAGCUUUCUUACAAUCAGCUUACAGUGAUGCCUCAAAUUUCUUCUGGUCUUCAGCAUCUACACCUGGACCAUAAUAAAAUUAAAAGUAUGAACACUUCUGACAUCUGUCCUGUUUCUACUGACACUUUUGAUGACUACUUUGAUGAAAGAGUCCCUCAACUCCGCUACCUCCGCCUUGAUGGGAACGAAAUCAAGCCCCCCAUUCCCAGAGACAUAAUGAUCUGCUUUCGUCAUCUCAGUGCUGUUGUCAUAUAAAUGCAGAACUUGGUGCUAACUUGAGAUGUGAAACUGUGUACAUUCCAUACUGAUCUUGAUACACAGCAGGCGGAUUAGGAUUAGAGAUGAUCAUUUAUAAGUGACUUCACUGUGACUUCAGUGUGCCAUUAACCAUGGUGCAAGGGGAGCAGCAUGAGUAAGGUCGUUGGUUUGCAUCUGCAUCUGAGAGUAAAAAAAUUGACAUCUAUUUCCUCAGAUCAACAAACAAUUACAAACAAUUAUAUAUUUCCUCCAACUUAAUGUUUAUUACUGUAGUCUGGAUUAGGUUUUUAAUUAUCUAGUGCAUUUAUAGUUAUUAUAUAGUUAAUGGACAGCCACAAAAUUCUUGUGACAACAUGAGUAAUUUGAGAACUGAUAUUUUAGUAGGUUAGUGUACAUCAAUUUUAUCUAUUUUUACUUUUCUUUUUUUUAUUGUUUGUGAGGGGAAGAGGUUCUUAGAGGUGGCAUGAUAAUCACUUUGGAUGUUAUAACCCAUAAAUUCUAUAUGUCAUUAAUGCAAAUACAAUUGCAUUGAUCGCAUAGAAUAAAGUCUCUUUGUGGUUUGGGAAUGCUGUAGCCAUAACUGGUGGCAAAUGGUGCUAAAUAAUAAUAAUUAUAAUAGUAAU